AUGGAAGAGACGGGGCGCGGGCGUCAGUCACGCUCUGGACCGAUACGUCGCUCGUUGAGUCAAGGCUUCACGAUCGACAUCCAACCUGAUCCCUUUGGGCGUACUGCCUACGUGCAACAUCCCCCUCCUCUUGAUGGUGACUUGGGUUUCACCCUCAACAAUCUUCCAUGUUCGGAACCUGAUAGCGAACCAUCAUCCCUUUUUGCCGAACGUGAUUUUGACUUUAACGUUGCAGACGAAGUACUACUCGGUGUCGUGCUCGGGGCUAGCAAUGUAGAAAACAGUUACUACUGUCCAGAGAACAACGAGGGGAACGAUGGCAAUGCUGCUCAGGGCUUGUCGGCUUUCCGUCACGUAGUGGUAUCUGAAGAGGUCCUGAUUGCUAGUAUGAACCGGCGAACGAUGCAGACGCCUAGAUUCAGAUGCCCAAUUAAAGGGUGCAGGGCCGAUUUCACGGCGAAACAUAAUCUGAAAAACCACCUUGACGCACGCAAUGGAGUCAAGAAAUACGUUUGUGAAACUUGUCAAUGCAAGUACACGACCAGCAUGUCCUGA